UACAAAAAUAUAAUAUAAUAUAAACACACACUGGCACAGAUCACAAGGGGAAAUGCACUGUAAUGUAACAGUCCCAGAAGAACAUACAAGUGUAGUGUAUUUGGAGGGUCGCAGACAGUUUUAUAUUAUCUAAACCUGCAGCCAGUCUUUGGGUUGCAGCUGACAAGAUUAAUGAAUGGGGCGAGACAACAAUGAUCUCGCUCGCGCGGUGCUGCCCUCUGCUGGCCAGUGGCAAAACGGCACUUCUGGCAGCUCGCUGUUGUCCUGAAAUAACAGUGCUCUUCCUCCGGUGACACAUUUCUUGUGGGUCAGAGCUGUGCCGGUCCGGUCUUGGAAAGGAGCGCGGAGGAGCUCUUAUCGGGAGACACAAAAGCACCAAACAACCAAACGGCUGGUUGGCUGCAGGAUUUUGUCGACGAGUUUAUUUUCACGAGAGAUGAGUCAGCGUAACACCACAUUCAAGCUUUCCAGCUAGAGGUGUGUGAUCUGGAGGGAGAGAAAAGGAAAGCAGAGAACAUGGCGCUGUCAGAUGGCUUGUUGCUGCAGGUGAACAAUGGAGAACAGUGGUGCAACCGCUGGAAACACCCCAACGAUGACUCGGACCGCAGCACCAGCCCCUCCGUUCUGCGCUGCGUUGCCAGCACAUGGAAGGAGGGCCUGCUGAACAGAAAGAGGCCCUUUGUGGGCCGUUGCUGUCACUCCUGUACACCACAGAGCUGGGAGAAACUGUUCAACCCCAGUAUUCCAUCUCUGGGACUACGCAACGUCAUCUACAUUAAUGAGACCCACACAAGACAGCGGGGAUGGCUGGCGCGCAGGCUGAGUUAUGUGCUGUUCAUCAUGGAGAGAGACGUCAACAAGGACAUGUUCCCCAGGAACGUCGUCGACAACGUGCUCAACAACAGCAGGGUGGAGAGUUCUAUCGUGGAGGUAGCCACGGAUUUGGACGCUGCGGCCAGCCAGCCGGGCCAGGAGCACAAAGCAAUCAGUAAAGUGAAGCAGAAAGCCAGGGCCCUCCUGCAGGAGAUGGUGGCCAACAUUUCACCGGCCUUUAUCAGGUUGACAGGGUGGGUCCUCCUUAAGCUCUUUAAUGGUUUCUUCUGGAGUAUCCAGAUCCACAAGGGUCAGCUGGAAAUGGUCAAGAAAGCUGCUACAGAGCAAAAUAUGUCGAUGGUCUUCCUCCCGAUUCACAAAUCCCACAUUGACUACCUGCUCAUCACCUUGAUCCUGUUCUGUCACAACAUCAAAGCCCCUCACAUUGCUGCUGGAAACAACCUCAGCAUUCCCAUCCUCAGCACCCUCAUCCGUAAACUUGGUGGAUUUUUCAUACGCCGGAGAAUGGAGGAAACAGGGGAUGGAAAGAAAGACAUUUUGUACAGAUCACUCUUACAUGCAUACACGGAGGAGUUGUUGCGUCAGCAUCAGUUCUUGGAGAUCUACCUGGAGGGAACCCGCUCCCGCAGCGGCAAGCCGUCCACCGCGCGCGCAGGCAUGUUGUCCAUCGUGGUCGACACGAUGUGCACCGGGUCGAUCGCCGACGUUCUGGUGGUUCCGGUUGGCAUCUCUUAUGAUCGUAUUCUCGAAGGCAACUACAAUAGCGAGCAGCUGGGCAAACCUAAGCAGAAUGAGAGUUUGUGGGGAAUAGCAUGUGGAGUGUUCAGGAUGCUGAGGAAGAACUACGGUUGUGUCCGAGUUGACUUCAACCAGCCCUUCUCCCUAAAGGAGUACCUGGACUCUCAGAGAAACCGUCAUAUUCCACCGUCGGUGUCCCUGGAGCACACCUUGAUGCCCAUCAUUAUUUCUGCACAACCUGAUGCUCAGCUGUUCGAGGGGCAGGAAGAGGAGCAGCUGAACAGAGAGCUGCCCAAUGACAUUUUAAGACGACAUCUUAUUAACAACCUCGCCAAGCACGUCCUUUUCACGGCAAAUAAGUCAUCAGCAAUCAUGUCCACCCACAUUGUAGCCUGUCUGCUGCUGUACAGACACAGACAGGGCGUGGCACUGUCCAAGCUGGUGGAAGACUUCUUCAACAUGAAGGAGGAGAUCCUGUCACGGGACUUCGAUCUGGGGUUUUCGGGGAACUCGGAGGACGUGGUCAUGCGUGCCCUCCACCUGCUGGGAAACUGCGUGAAUGUGACCAGCGGUGCAAAUCGCAACGGAGAGUUCACCAUCGCACCCAACCAAACUGUACCGGCGCUUUUUGAGCUCAACUUCUACAGCAAUGGCCUUUUCCACGUCUUCAUUUCCGAUGCAAUCAUUGCCUGCAGCAUCCUGUCGCUGCAGCGAGAGCUGGUCGCGGAAUCAGAGUCUGACCAACCGGCUGACGGUCCCAGCAGCCUCCCCCUCAGUCAGGAGAGACUCAUCCGCAAGGCCGCCGGGCUCUCUCACUUUCUUAUUAAUGAGGUGGCAGUAGCACCACCCUGUCAGACUAUUUACCAGGUGUUUCAUGAUGCAGUGAGCCGGCUGAUCCAAUAUGGAGUUCUCUACGUAGCAGAGGAGGACCAGGAAGAACUGAGUCCCAGUCCCACAGAGGAACCGUGGCCCAAAAAGUUCCCCGAGCCCCUUUCCUGGAGAAGCGACGAGGAAGACGAGGACAGUGACUUUGGAGAGGAGCAGAGAGAUCGCUACCUAAAGGUGAGCGUUUCCGCAGAGCACCAGGAGUUCUUCGUCUUCCUCCAGCGAAUUGUGAGCCCGGUGCUGGAGGCCUACAGCGGCGCUGCGAUCUUCGUCCACAGUCUGAGUCAACCAAUGGCCGAGUCCGAGUACACCCAGAGGCUCUUCAGAUACCUGCUCACCCGCACAGAGAGAGGAGUGGCUGCUUAUGGUGAAAGUGCAACUCAUUACCUGGUUAAGAACACAGUGAAGACAUUCAAAGAGCUUGGGGUCCUGAAGCAGAGAAGAGAGAACCAGGUGUUGACUCUGGCGCUGAGCAGCACUUUUCUACCUCAGGCCAAUCGGAACAAACUCCUGCAGUACAUCUUGGGUUUCGCCCUGCUGUGACCGACACGUCCGGCUCAGACCCCAGGCUCCUUCCAAUAAAGGGCUUCUACUGGUUACUUCUAAACAAUCCCAGGUGCUACUCUGUGGAAAGCUUUACCAGGAAGUGCCUUCAUGUAACAGCCGCUAACUGUUAGCUGUUAGCCGGAAGAGACUUGAAGCCAGUCUUCCCUUUUUGUUCCAGUCUCUGACUUCCCGUCUCAGAACUGUGCAGCUGAUAACACACAUGUAUCGUCCUUUGAAGAGGUACCUCUAGGGAUCACCCCCCCUCUCUUUGUGAAUUUUGCCAGUGAAGUCAUGAGGUUUUAAUAUGAUCAACAUUUUAAACUUAAUCAGAAAAUAUACUCAAGCAGGUUAGUGAAUAGGAAUCACUUUUACAGCAAUCCGAACAAAGCAAGCUGCCUUUUUUCGUCCAUUCAAGUAAACAAGCAAAAUAUGCAUAGACGAUAAUGGUAAACAUAAACAAGCGAAGGCGGUUUUAUGUUAACUCUGCUUGUUUGUAAAACUGCUGUAUUCUCUCCAGUGCACUGCACUAUCAUACAGUAGAAGACAUGUUAAAAUGUAGUUUGAUGAAAGGAUCAUUUAAAAAACAAAUCCAUGUACAUAGGCCACAAGAGUCUCUCAUUUGUUGUGCGUUUAAAUGCAUGCACACCAAUGUCAUCAACUUUAAUGAUAUAGGAAACAUUAGAUAGAAAGAUUUGUCUCUGCUAAAUGCGUACAUAUCCACAUUUUUAUUUGCUAAAUCAAAAGUUGAAAUCUAAUCCUCCUUAAAGAUAGUUUUGGUCAAUUAUACUCCACAGUUGCUGAUUUACGGUGUCAAAGACAUGAGCAGCAAAUCAGUUAACAAUAUAUUUCCUUGGCAAACACAAAAUGUACAUUUUGAAAGUCUUAAAAUCACAAGCAUCUCCAGUUCAGUGAACUCAAACCACUACUUUCUAAGUGCGUUCAGUUACACUUUUCAUCAUGGGGUUUUUGUAGAAAAGUAACUUUGACUCCUUGCAUAGCAGCGUGUUCACCUGUUGAUCAACGGUACACAGCAGAGCACUGAGAACACUUCAUGCCAGCCAUCACAUCCACUUAGGUUCAAAUGCAACAAGCUCAGAAACUCUUAGGUCACGCCUUUCAGCUUUAUAAAAGCUGUUAUAGCAUAACUGCUGAAAGAGUCGUUUUGCUCUAAUGGAUGGGCAUUUGCAAAACAAAGGAGCUGCAUAGUGUGGUUAAAACAUUAAUGGUACAUAUCCAUUCAAACAAAAGAUAAUAUCUCUAAAUGUUAACAAGAUAAUGUCUCUGUUGUACUGGUGAAGAAAGGAGAGGACGUUUUUCUCCUUUGUAUACUUUUAUGUGCAGAUUACUGAAAAUUAAAUAAUAGCCCUUAACUGUCAGGUUUAUUUAUUCUUUAUUUUUCUUGGUUCACCGCUUCACUUUAAAAUGUCUCACUUUCAUAAAAUUACAGUCUGAAUUUGCUCUGUAAACACACCUAAAGCAAGUUGGUCCUGAUCCUUUCAGUUUGUGUUCCAAAAUGUUCACAACAUUGUGUCAGACUGGUUGGGAGUAAAAACUCUGUGGUAACAGAAUAUUGAAAAUCAAAAACAGUCCACAAAAAAAAAAAAGAAUCACUGAUCUUGUGCAUUUAGCUGAUUUAACAUUUCAAUUUUAUUUUAUUUUUACUGCAAAAUAACACAAUAUGACUGAAUAUUUAGACCUUGUCCUAUGUGUGUUGAUCAAAUUCUGAAUACAUUGAACAUAAAUGAACAACAUCGAAGUUAAUGUUGGUGUUUAGGUUCACACCAACUGAUGAAGAUAAAAAAGAAGGAAUGUUUGGAAGGGGGGCAAAAAAAAAAAGUUUGAUACAUUUUCUGGAUUUUUAGAGGAGAUGCUUACAACAUUUUCUCAGAUUGAUAAUGUGAAGAAGACCAUGUGAAUGUUAGAAAUCAACAUUCUUGAUCUGUCAGGGCAAUACAAGUAAACGGGCUGUGGGUGUCUGGUGGUAAACAUGUAAGUCAAUAUUUAUACUGAAAGACUUGUUGACGGUGAUCAACAACACUGCUUGUUACAAUUAACUUAAAUGCUUUUUGUCAACAUAUUGCUUCAUUCAAUAUUAUAGACCUGCAUAUUUUCAUGCAGUCUUUAAAAUAUGUGUACAAAAUAACCCUGAAAUGGAAACCUGUGGAGGAUCGGUGACCUGUUGAGCCGCAGCAUGUGGAACAGAAAUGUAUGUCAUUUAAAUGUGAAUGUGAUAAAAGUGAUUUGAUUUACAUUCGAAGCAUUUCUGAGCCCACAAUCUGUUCAAGUCGCCAUGCUGAGGAACCCCCCCCCCCCCCCCCCACACACACACACUCCGCCAAGAUAAAAAAACAAACACCACGUACUGUACUGCAUGAUUCCUCUGGUCGCCUUUAAUCAUCGACAUUUCAAUGUGAACUCGGCUUAAACCUGAGAAUUGUAUUUUACAGUCAUGUUGCAGAGAAAAAUAGCUGAAGUUCAAUUUGUUUACCUCUUGAAUGUAUCUCAUCUGUCCCCGAAAAGGUCGGUGCGAUAUCGCAGAGCACUCGAUGGAGUCGGUACACGCGUGAUACAGUUUUUCUGAACUGCUCAUUGGGAUUAUUGUUAAGACUAAUCGCUACUGAAGCUGCAUUAACAACAUCCCUCUACAACUAUGUAACUCUGUAGGAGAAAAGAAAGCCUGUAUCUGGGGAGCAGGUGCCUUUUUAAUACACUGUAGUGUUCUUUGGUUGUGCUUUUAUUUGUUGUGUUUUUGUGCAUGUUAACAAAAGAUUAUUUCGUGUGGGAAUCCAAAAGAACACUAGAUUGUAAUUUAACAAAAACACAGCAGCCGAGAACUUGUCGUUAUUAGAAGAAGAAUCACCAGCUCCUGAAAAACAAAAAGUGUCACUUUUUUUGUUCUUGCUUUCUCCCAGCAAAGCACAAUUGGCAUUAUUAGAUUUUGUUUUUAAAUAAAUUAAUGAUAGAUUAACAA